CCCCUCCGCCUCCGCGCGCGCGCCUCUGCGAUGUCUUCUCCUUCCUCGCCCAAGGCGGAGAGGAAGCCGUGGAGCUUGGGGCGCCUGUCCGUCACGUCCAGGAAAGGCAGCAUGAAACCCUCGGCUCUGGAGCUGGCCGAGAACGCCGCCAACGCGCACUACGCUCCUUUCUCGCUCUCCGCGCCCGCGGGGGGGACGACGCCCGGCGGCACCGGCUGCGCGACUCAGCAGCGCGCGCGGUGCGUCGAGGGGCCCGAAGCCACCGUGGCCAUGAGCGGCGGAGGCGGCGACUACCCUCGCCCUCCGGUCAGCUUCGACCCGCGCGUCUCCAUCUACAGCGUCCGCAGACCUCUGCUGAGCCGCAGCCACAUCCAAGGCAGGGUCUACAACUUCCUGGAGAGACCCACCGGCUGGAAGUGCUUCGUCUAUCACUUCACUGUUUUCCUCAUAGUGCUGGUCUGCCUUAUAUUCAGUGUGCUUUCCACGAUUGAUCAGUAUGCAGCUCUUGCCACAGGAACAUUAUUUUGGAUGGAAAUUGUAUUAGUGGUAUUUUUUGGAACCGAGUAUGUAGUUCGAUUGUGGUCUUCAGGGUGCCGCAGUAAAUACGUUGGCUUCUGGGGAAGACUUCGUUUUGCUAGGAAACCCAUUUCUAUCAUUGAUCUAAUCGUAGUUGUUGCUUCCAUGAUCGUGCUUUGUGUGGGUUCUAAAGGCCAGGUUUUUGCAACCUCUGCUAUCAGAGGCAUCCGAUUUCUGCAGAUCCUGCGAAUGCUUCAUGUGGAUCGUCAGGGGGGCACAUGGAGAUUGCUGGGGUCAGUAGUUUUCAUACACAGACAGGAAUUGAUAACCACUCUGUACAUUGGAUUUCUAGGCCUGAUUUUUUCAUCUUAUUUUGUGUACUUGGCUGAAAAAGAUGCUGUGAAUGAUUCAGGCGAACAUGAAUUUAGCAGCUAUGCGGAUGCCCUUUGGUGGGGAGUAGUGACUGUAACAACCAUUGGUUACGGAGACAAAGUGCCUCAGACAUGGAUAGGGAAAACCAUUGCGUCUUGCUUUUCUGUGUUUGCAAUUUCAUUUUUUGCCUUGCCUGCGGGUAUUCUUGGUUCUGGAUUUGCCUUGAAGGUACAGCAGAAACAACGACAGAAGCACUUCAAUCGGCAAAUUCCAGCAGCUGCUUCUCUCAUUCAGACUGCCUGGAGGUGCUAUGCAUCAGAAAACCCAGACUCUUCUACAUGGAAAAUAUAUAUUAAAAAACCGUCCAGAAAUUAUCACUUGAUGUCUCCUAGUCCCAAGCCAAAGAAAAUUGCGAUGGUGUCGGUAAAAAAGAAGAAAGGCAAGACAGAAAAAGAUAAUGGGCCUUCUUCUCCUGACAAAAUGUUAUCUGUUCCACAAAUCACAUUUGACCAUGUGAUGGAAGAUCGGAAAUCUGAAAACUACUUGGACUCGAAUGAAAAUUCUGGACAAAAAGGAAUGUUUAAAUUUCUUGUCCGACAGCAUUCCUGGUCAUCCUUUUCUACAGAGCAGCCAUCUCCCAGUUCUCCCCCUUCUCCAGUGAAAAGAAACUCUCCAUUUUUAGAUACAAACACAGGACCAUUCAUUAGGACGAACAGCUUUGCUGAUGAACUUGACCUGGAAGGCGAAACAUUGCUGACCCCAAUAACUCACAUCUCACACUUGCGAGAACAUCACCGUUCUGCCAUUAAGGUGAUACGCCGGAUGCAAUAUUUUGUGGCAAAGAAGAAAUUUCAGCAAGCUAGAAAGCCAUAUGAUGUACGUGACGUUAUAGAACAAUACUCUCAGGGACAUCUCAACUUAAUGGUGCGAAUAAAAGAGCUUCAGAGAAGGUUGGACCAAUCUAUAGGGAAGCCAUCACUGUUUAUUUCUGUCUCAGAAAAAAACAAAGACCGAGGGACUAAUACAAUUGGUUCCCGGCUGAACAGAGUUGAAGACAAGGUAGUUCAAAUGGAUCAGAAGCUGAACCUCAUCACAGACCUGCUGCAGCACCUGGUUUCCAUCCAGCAAGGAACCCAGGGCAGCAACAAAUCAUCUCACAGGCAUGAUGUUAACGCCGAGCUCUUCCUCUCCAGCAACACCCUACCUACCUAUGAACAACUGACAGUUCCAAGGAGAAUCCAAGAUGACAUCUCCUGAUGUAACAAACAGCCCUUUUAAUUGACACUGAAUGUUGUGAAUCUUGAUGGGGGUUGGGGGGAAAUUAAAGCUCGUAUAAUCAGCCAUACAAGAAUUAAACAGGCCUAUUGAACUAACAUUACUAACCUCAGAUGCAUUCUUCCAAAGGCAAUUAUACGGACAACCACAAAACCUUAAGACUCCACCCUGUGUUGAUUAUCAAUGUGGUACUUUCAUAAGUCCUGUUUUUAUUCCCUGUGUGAAUAAACUUUCCUACUGUAAUUUGUCGCUACACUGAAAGACCAAAAAAAGCUAACACAGGCAAAAUGUCAAUCGCUUUAUGUGCUUUCUUUAUUAAGCACUGUUGCUGCUGUAAGCAAGUUUCUGAAGUCCUGCACAAACACCCUUGAAAUAGUUUGAAAACUCCACAGCAGCUAUGUUUGGUGGAUGGCACCCUAUGACUCUUCAAUAAUGAUACUUGAACAUAGAUGGUCAUCUGUGUAUUCUGUUUAUGACUCUGCUGAUAGCAAUAUCAUUUUACUAGUUAGAUUUUAAAGGAAAAUAAAGUAUGUGGGUUGUAUGAUAUAAACAUACUACUGUUGUUCUAAAUAAUGGCAAAAGCAUGCAUUGAGUGAUUUCCUGCCCAUUUUCAUUUUUAGCCUGUUACAUAAGAUAAUGACUAUAAUUUUUUUAACCAAAAAACCCCCACCUUUUUCUUCAGGGAUGAACUAGUGCUUUAAGCCUAGUACAGUAAUGUAUGUAAAGAAAAGCAAUGUCUAUUUUAUUAAGAUACAGUGAUUUCAUGGGGAUGCAGAAAUAUUGCAUAGGAAAAAUUGUUGUUGUUGAAUCAUACUUUGCUGCCAAAGAAUUUAUAUGUAGUAUUUAUCAUAACCAUCUGAGUGUGUUUGUCCUCAAUGAGCUUUUGGAAUUUAUUGCUUUUUAUAUUGAUGUGGGUCUAGUCUGUUUCUCAAUGUACUGUAACUAAGCACAGGUCUAGAGUAACUGGAUCUUGUCGAUAAAGGGCUUGAAAUGGCAAGUUGGGGAAAAUACUUAAAGCAGCUUUGGACAUUAUGGAAAUGCUCUACCAGCCAAGUUUGCAAUCACUUCUAUGUUAGCUGGUAUGCUCCUCCAUAAUGCCCGAAAGGAAGGAGUGUGCAUGCCCCACUAAUGCUAAGAUGCACAUACUCUUCAGCCUCUUUGGCUGUAACAAAGAGGCACUGCUAGCUAGAUAUUGAAGUGCCUGGCAGUGCACCUCUAUAAUGCCUGAAACUUCUGUAUGCACCAGAGAACUGGGAGGAGCAGGAGACACUCAUCCUUCUGCAAGCCCUUCUUAUUCAAGAAAAGAAUAUAUGAUCUGCAUAUGCAAUAGAUCAGUAUCAGUAUCACAGAUACAAUGUCUGUGCUGUCUUGCUUCAUUGCAGACAUAGCGCUUUUCAGUGGAGUUGGUUCACAUGUGUGGUGAGUCAUCAGGUGCUGAGCAAUCAAAAAAUGUUUAUGCAGAACUCAACCAGCCCCCCAAGGGAACUAGAGAAAGAAAGUGGGUUUGAUUCAAUUUGAAGACCGCCCCCCAAGUAUGUGAAUUGACAGUGAAUUCUUCAAAUUCGCUGUAGAAAAUUUCUACAGCUACUUCUGCUUUAAUGAGCACAGUUGUAGGUUUGUACAUUCUGCAGCAAGGAAUGAAAAAUUUCCCUGGCAUAGAAUUUCAAUUCUAUUUCUGUGGCCCUGAGUAAGGUACUUAAAUAUAUAGUACAAUAUCAGGGUGAUCAAGCCAAGCAAGCUGCAGCUGAAACCACAGGGAUUCUGGGAUAUUCCUGAUAAUCUAGAUAGAAAAUGGAAGGCAAGCCCUGCUACUCAUCCCACAUAGUUGUGGUAUUUUUUUAGGGGAAGGACUGAGUAUGAAAGAGCUCUCCUCCAACCUUGGCUAUGAUUCUGCUAUGCUUUUGUGAGCGUAGCAUGCAUGCCCAGAUCUCAAGAAAAAGAUUGUGUACCAUCAGCCAAAAAAUCAUGCAAGGGAAAGUUACUUGUCCUGGUCCAUUGACAGUUUCUUAGUCUUCUGUUGAUGACCUCCUGGGCCACUAUCAGAUUAAGUGAAUGACCAACACUUAGCACCCUCAGGUCUCCAUACAAAAGAGGUCCUCUAAGUUUCUGGCUUUGGCACCCAAAGGUGACAGACAUAUCAACUAAAGUGAGGGACAGACUGCACACAUGCCAGUGGUCUCAAAACCAGGCAGCGCAAAGGCUGUGGCAUAACACCUGUCCUCACCAAACAGCAUUCUUUCCAUGGGUGCGGUAAUGAAAUGAAUGAACAUUUUGUUCUCUGAGAGCUGCCCUGCACAUCAUAUUUUAGCAGAUACACAUUGGAGCUGGAGUUUGUGUCCACCAAAAACAGUGCUUGAAUGACUCCAGUAUCUGUAGGGCAACCUGUGGCCCUCCAGAUGUUGCUUGAUUAAAACGGCUACCGCAGGGGUCGGCAACCUAAGGCCCAUGGGCCAGAAGCGGCCCAUGGAGGCCAUUUAAGUGGCCCACAAGCCACCCCCGAACCGAGCCACCCGCUUGGCGAGUCCCUGUGCGCUGCACUGAACCAGCACAGUGCGGCGCAGGAACUCUUCUGCGGCUCCAGAAAUCAUUUCUGCGUGUGCCCAGACACCGGAAAUCACAUCUGCACAUGUCCGCGGCACCAGAAAUCACUUCUGCGCAUGCCCAGACACUGGAAUUCG